GCGGAAGGGAAGGAGACGCGCGGAGACGGCGUGGGAGGAGGGCGAGUAGAGCCCGCGCUCCCUCGCACUGGGAGGGCGAGCAGGAGGGUGAGGGCGACGAGGGAGGCUGUGCGCGAUGGGGAGGGAGGUCCUCUCCGUCGCAGUGGGCGUUUUCAUUCGGCGUUCGUUGAGUACAUUGGUCGUGUAUCCGUAGAACAGACAUCGAAUAAAGUUGCAUUUGCACAGAAUCUACCCAAAUUACAAGUGACCGUAAGCUCGAUGGAUGAAGCGCACCAUCCACCGCCCUCCGCCUGCCAUCCUGGGGCCCCAAAAUGGUGUCUGCCGUGCUGCAGCUCCGUCAGCCCCUCGAGCAUCGUCACCUUGCAAGUCGCUCUCCUACCUCUUCUUCUCCUUCGCAGGCCUCUGGCUCAUCGAGCGCGCCGGUCGUCGGAAGCUGAUGAUGUGGGGCGCUGCCGGCCAGGCUGUGUGCUAUAUCCUCAUCUCCGCGCUGCUGUCGCAGGCCAGCGACCCUGAGAACGGGACCAAGUUCGGCGCAGGCGCGACGGCGUUCUUCUUCGUGUACUACAUCUUCUUUGGCAUCUGCUGGCAAGGUGUGCCAUGGUUGUACCCCGUCGAGAUCAACUCGCUGGCGAUGCGCACGAAGGGCGCGGCGGUGGCGACCGCGAGCAACUGGAUCUCCAACUACUGCGUCGUGCAGGCGACGCCGCCCGGCAUCGAGAACCUCGGCUGGAAGUUCUACCUCAUCUGGAUGUCCUUCAACAUCAUCUUCGUGCCGGUGCGUAUGGGCGGUAUACUGUAAAAAAACCUCGAAGGCCAAUUAGCGACACAAGCCUCCGAAUUCGAUGUAAAACGACGCACAUUGUCGGUGAGUCCGGUCAGUCGACGCAUGUGAUCGAGAAUUUCUCCACAGUCGAGCGCUGCAUAACGGGGUUUCC